AUGUCCGAUUUCCCACCUAAUGUGUCGAUAAGACCGUUGACCAUUGAAGAUAUCGAUCAAUGUAUAGAAUUAGAGAAGAAAGGGUUCCCAGAAAAUGAAAGAUGCACGCCUGCCAAAUUCAAAUAUAGACUAACAGUGGCACCAGAAUUGUGUUCAGGUUUAUUCAUUAGAGAUUACGACUACAAAUACAAUUACAUCAACUUACCAGAGGUUGCUAAGUCACUUCAAGAAAAACACGAUGCAGAAGAGAAACGCGACCCGUCCAAAACUAAACACGGUGAACACGGUGAACCCGAUGAUGAUGAUGAUGAUGAUGAUGACGAAGAAUUUCCAGAAAAAUCCUCUGUUGUUAAGGAAACUUUGAUUGGACAUAUUAUAGCUACAAAAGUGGAUGGAACAAGAAUUACCGAAGCAUCAAUGGAACUCCCAUCGAAGGACGUCAAGGGCUCUGGGCACUGCGAAUCAUCGAGAUACAUUGGGAUCCAUUCGGUUGUGAUUGCUCCUGAGUGGAGAGGCAAGAACUUGGCUGCUUUAUUAUUGCACGAUUACAUCCAAAAGUUGUCGAAUCAAGAUAUGGGGGACCAGGUCGUUCUUAUUGCGCAUAAGGAAUUGAUCCCGUUUUACGAGAAGAUUGGUUUCAACAAUGUUGGCGAGAGCGAAUGCAAAUUUGCCAACACAACGUGGUAUGAUAUGGCAAUAGAUUUAGUGCCUGCAGAUGAUCUUUGA